AUGCCCAGCCAAAUUUCCAUCACAGAGGCGCCGACAUCACAAAGCCAAAGCUGGAGCCAAGAUGACCUCAGGACAAAAUUCACCUACGCCCUCUCCGAGAUGUACAGAUCCGAGGUACCCUUAUACGGAGACCUCCUCAAAAUCGUCCGCAACGUGGACGACUCCGUGCUGCGGCAGCAGGGGCUCGCCCGCCGCGACCUCCCCGUGAGGCACAACCUCGAGCGCCACGGCGCCAUCAGGAUCGGAUCCGACUCCGAAAUGCGCGUGAUCAAGCGCCUAUUCUCUGUCCUCGGCAUGCAACCCGUCGGCUACUACGACCUCACCGUCGUGGAUUUCCCCUGCACGCCACCGCCUUCCGCCCCGUCUCGGAAGAUUCCCUACCUCCUCUCCGCCGAGACGCGCGAGACGGUGGAGAGGGUGCUGGAAAAACGGUCCCUCUUCACGCCUCGCUUGCUCGAGAUACUAGAUCAGGCAGAGGCGAGCGGCGGGGCGGUGGCGCCCGAGGAUGCGGAUGUUUUCGUGACGGAGAGCUUGAAGAUUUUCAAGUGGCACGCGCAGUCGACCGUCUCGCUGGACGACUACCUCAAGUUAAAACAAGAGCACCCCAUGAUCGCCGACAUUGUCUGCUUCCCCAGCGCGCACAUCAACCACCUAACACCCCGGACCCCUAGGCGCAGGUGCCCCAUUCUGCUGCGUCAGACGAGCUUCAAGGCCUUGGAAGAGCCCGUAAGUUUCCCUAGCGUCGCCGGUGGGGUUACGCCCGGAUCACAUACGGCGCGGUUCGGUGAGAUUGAACAACGAGGCGCCGCGGUGACGCGUCGGGGUCGGGAUCUGUACGACGAACUCCUGCGAGAGGUCACGGCACAGAACGCCGAGUCUGGGGCUAGCGACGACGUGGAAGGAUUCGACCGGGUGUUGGCCAAGGUCUUUGAGGCCUACCCAGACGACUGGGAUGAACUGAGGAGAAGGGCACAAGGAGUCCUGGAAUGCGAGCCCCUGACGUACGAGGAUUUCCUGCCCCUCUCCGCGGCCGGAAUCUUCAAGUCCAACCUGGGUGAGAACGUAUCGCAGUCGCCCAUCAGGGAGGCCGACAACAGCAUGUCGGACCUGGAAGACAUCUUGGGGUGUAAGAUUAUGAGCCAGUUCGACGUGUAUCAGAAGCUUGAGCAGGAGAGCCUCGACCGGUGCGCGAAGGAAUUGGGCCUUUCUCAACUGUUGCUGGAGUAG